GGCAGGGGUGGAGCAUGGCUGCAAAGCUGGCAGAGCACUCCUGGCCUCUCUGCUGCCAGGCUUCCACUCUGCACAGCUCACACCAUGCUGGUGGCACUGCUUCUGCCCUUCCUGUGCCUCCUGAGCCCGGCUGCCGCUGGGAAGCUGCUGGUGAUCCCCAUGGAUGGCAGCCACUGGCUCAGCAUGAAAAAAGUGCUGAUGGAGCUGAGCAAGAGAGGGCACCAAAUCGUGGUCAUCGCACCAGACAACAAAAUCCUGAUCGAUUCCUCAGAUGUCUAUGAACUGAAAACCUACCCAGUGCUAUUAACAAAGGAAGACAUGGAAGAACAGUUACGCUCCUUCAGUGCAGGACUUUUCAGCCAAGAGCCUUUCCUGGUGAGGUUCUGGAAGCGUUUGGAAGAUUAUCGGAAGAGCGGAGCCCUUUUUCAUGCUUUGUGCAAGUCGUUGUUGCACAACCAGGAGCUGUUCAAGAACAUUGGAGAGGGUCACUUUGAUGCCCUGCUCACGGAUCCUGCAUCACCCUGUGGGCAGAUCAUUGCCCUGCAUUUCUCCAUCCCCAGUGUUUUCUUCCUGCGGAUGGUUCCGUGUGCCUUGGAGGUUCGCGCAGCUCAGGGCCCGGACCCGCCGUCCUACGUUCCACGGGGGUUCUCAGAAAACACCGACCACAUGACCUUCUCCCAGAGGGUCAAGAACUUCCUGAUUGCCCUUUCCGAGUCCUUCAUCUGCAAUAUUGCCUAUUCUCAGUUUGAGGAGCUGGCCUCAGAGUUCCUCCAAAAACCCAUGACAAUGACGGAGCUUUUAAGUCACGGAUCCAUCUGGCUGAGGAGAAUCGACUUUGUCUUUGAGUAUCCCAUGCCUGUCAUGCCCAACAUGGUUUUCAUUGGAGGCAUCCACUGUGGAGAGAAGAAGAAGCCCUUAUCUCAGGUCAGUGGCUGGCAGCCUGGAAGGGGUUGUGGCACUCACUCACCUGCAUGGUCCAAGUGAGGUGUUUGAGAGGGAUGAAUCUUAUCUCUUUCUUGGAGGGAGACUAUUUCCAAGAGCCGGAGGUGUUGGCACAAGGGCAGUGGCUUUAAGCUGCCAGAGGAAAGGAUUA